AUGGCGUCAGUGGGCCGGCAAUUAUUUUUGAGUAAACGAGUCGUAACCGAGGCGGGUGUGGCAGACGGCGGCGUGCUGGUGAACGAGAACGGUCUCAUAGAGCGAACUUUAAACCGGGAGCAAGCGAAUACUCUUAUCGCAGAGAGCGAUGGAGACCUUACAGUGGUGGAUGGUGGGGGUCUUGCGUUGAUGGCAGGUGUAGUUGAUUCCCAUGUCCAUGUAAACGAGCCUGGCCGCACUGCAUGGGAAGGGUUCCAAACCGCAACCAGUGCGGCGGCAGCUGGAGGCAUCACUACUAUAGUCGACAUGCCACUAAAUUCCAUCCCACCAACAACCACGUUAGAAAAUCUUAAGAUAAAGGCUUCUUCAGCUGAGGGAAACGUCUUCGUCGAUGUUGGUUUCUGGGGUGGCGUCAUAGUGGGCAACCAGGACUCACUUCGAGAUCUAGUGAAGGCUGGUGUUGUUGGAUUUAAAUGCUUCCUAUGUCCGAGUGGAGUUGAUGAGUUUCCUAAUGUACAAGCUGAGGACCUCGAAAAGGCUUUCGCUGCUCUCGAAGGAACUGGAUCCUUGUUAGCGUUUCAUGCUGAGGUCGAGGACGAAAUCAACGAAAGCAGCAAAAAAAUAUUGAAAAAAGAUCCUGAGGAAUACAGCACUUAUCUAGAAUCAAGACCUCCGAAGAUGGAACUGAAUGCUAUAUCAUUAAUUUCAAGCUUUUUGAAUAAAACUGACGUCCGAGUUCACGUUGUACACGUGUCAUCGGCUACCGUCGUGCCCCUGCUGAAUGAGGCGCGGCAGAAGAGGAUCACUGCUAGCAACACGGCCUGGCGUGGCGGUGUCACAGCGGAAACUUGCCACCAUUACUUAUCGCUCAGCGCUGAGCAAAUACCCCGGGGCCGGAGUGAAUAUAAGUGUGCUCCUCCCAUCAGGGAUAUGGACAAUAAGGAAAAUCUGUGGAAGUAUCUACUGGAAGACAAAUUGGACAUGGUUGUAUCUGAUCAUUCGCCCUGCACUCCGGAGCUUAAAUGCUCAAACAAUUUAGAAGCUUGGGGCGGUAUUUCAUCAGUGCAGUUCGGUUUAUCUUUAUUCUGGACCGAAGCGAGAGCACGCGGGCUGGACCUGACAUCAAUCUGCAAAUACAUGUGUGCGGCCCCAGCACAACUUUGCGGAAUAGAAGAUCGUAAAGGCGCUCUUAAACCCGGCCUCGAUGCUGAUAUCGUUUUCUUCGACCCCGACGCCGAAUUUACGGUUACUGCCGACAUUAUACGACAUAAGAACAAGCUCACACCCUAUAUUGGAAAAACAUUGAAGGGUGUUGUGAGGAAAACUUACGUCCGUGGGCAGUUAGUUUACACCGAAGGCGAAAUUGUUGGGGGGCCUAAAGGAAAGUUACUCUUGAACAAACUU